AUGUCUGUCAAGUUCAAGGAAGAGACCGUCCGCGCCGUCACCGGCGGCAAGUCGGAGGAUCUGGCGCACCGCGUUGGUGAGCGAUUGACUGGUGGCCACACAACCACCGGUUACCUUCAGGCCUACCUCAAGCAGCUCCAGCACAACCCGCUGCGCACCAAGAUGCUCACCUCCGGUGUGCUCUCUGGUCUGCAAGAACUCCUCGCCUCUUUCCUCGCCCACGAUGUCGGCAAGCAUGGUCACUACUUCUCCUCGCGUAUCCCGAAGAUGUCCUUGUACGGCAUGUUCAUUGCCGCUCCCCUCGGCCACGUCCUCAUCGGCAUCCUGCAGAAGAUCUUCGCCGGCCGCACCAGCUUGAAGGCUAAGAUCCUCCAGAUCCUGGUCAGCAACUUGAUUAUCUCCCCUAUCCAGAACUCCGUCUACCUGACAUCCAUGGCGGUUAUCGCUGGUGCGCGCACCUUCCACCAGGUCCGCGCGACCGUUAAGGCUGGCUUCAUGCCCGUCAUGAAGGUUAGCUGGGUUACCUCCCCGCUAGCUCUGGCUUUCGCCCAGAAGUUCCUUCCGGAGCACACCUGGGUGCCCUUCUUCAACAUCAUCGGUUUCUUCAUCGGAACCUAUGUCAACACCCACACCAAGAAGAAGCGUCUCGAGGCUCUGCGCAAGCGUUAUGACCAGCGUCGCGAUGGCUACGAGAAGCGCGACUACCCUUAA